AUGGAGCCUCUCACAACUACUUAUCCUCUGAAAUACUCAGUGCCCAAAGCCAAGGUCUUUGUUGUCUUCCUGUCAAUGGUUUUGUGUACAGCCGUUCUCUGCUUGCUGCAACUCCGAUUUUUUAAGCCUAAAAUCAAAGAUUUUUAUUCUUUCAAAGUAAAGGAUUCACGAGGAAGGAUCAUUUCCCUGGAGAAGUACAGAGGGAAAGCAACUUUGGUUGUAAACGUGGCCAGUUACUGCCAACACACAAACAAAAAUUACAUCGCACUGCAAGAACUACACAGAGAGUUUGGUCCCUCCCACUUCACUGUGCUGGCUUUUCCUUGCAACCAGUUCGGAGAAUCAGAGCCCAGUUCAAGCCAGGAAAUAGAAUCUUUUGCCAGAGGAAACUAUGGAGUAACCUUCCCCGUCUUCCACAAAAUCAAGAUCCUAGGAUCAGAAGCAGAGCCCGCCUUUAAAUUUCUAAUAGAUUCUUCAAAAAAGGAGCCUCGAUGGAAUUUCUGGAAGUACCUUGUCAACCCUGAGGGUGACGUUGUGAAAUUCUGGAGACCUGAAGAGCCCAUAGAAAGUAUUAAGCCAGAAGUAGCAUCAUUAAUCAGGCAGAUUAUAAUGAAAAAAAGAGAAGACCUGUGAAAAAGCUCUUCAUGCUGUGAAUUCAUUCAACAGCUUGGGUACACAGCAUUACUACGUUCCUGGGAAACACUGCUAGAAACUAAACUGCCAGGUGAUUUUACUUCUCUUUGCCGUUAGUACUUUCAGCUACACUAUAUCUAUUAAUGUUGGAUUGGCUCCUGCAAGAGCCUUGAGAACCACUGAGGUUACUGAAAGUGGCAAGGCACUGGGGAACUUGCAGGGAUGGACCUUCAAUUUGCAUAAAGUUUCCAAAUGUUUAUUUAAAUUGCUGACAGCAGCUAAUUGCAGGUGUCACCAGCAGGGGCAUAGCUAAAGAGAAGAUUUGUUGAUAAAUUACUUAAUAUUUGCACAGAAGAGUUUUGUUUCCCAUCCACUAAUAACAAAUAGAUUUUGAUAUUCCAUUAACACAUCAUUUCUCUGAUUUAAAAUCAUGGGGCCCAGAGUCACCAUAGCAGGGCUUUUAGUGACAAAUACAA